UUACGUUAUUUUAUCUCUUCCCUGAUUCCUCCCUCCCUUCCUUCCUUCCUUCCUGCAUUCCAUAACCCUUCUCCAUUUCCCGUUUCGCUACAUUAACGCCGACAUUAAGGCGUUCUCUCCUCUCUUUCCAUCUGAGGCUGGACAAUUAUUACCUUCCAGCGAGGAGCUCGUUUUCUUUGCGUUCCUACAGUUCGUUUCUCGAGACCCGAACUCCGUUUUCUUUCAGCUUGUUGGUGACAUUUAUGGUAAUUAAACUCUCCAAGGAAGACGUUCCGAUAAUGUAUGUUCUUGCGUAAGUUCCAUUAUUCUCCUUUAUUCUACAGUUUUAAAGUCCUGAAGUAUACCAGAUUUUGUCAGUACCGUUAAGCUUGUUUUGUCAAAUCGAGUUAAAGAAUUAUUUAUUUUUAUAUUAGAAUAAAAUUUAUUUCUAAAUAUAUGAAAGAGUGACCAUCGUAUGUAUUUGGAAAGUUAUAACCCCCCAAAAAUGAGUAAAUAACUGUUAUAUUCAUUGUGGAAUUCGUAUCCCAGGCACAUUGAAGUCUGCAAAUUAUUUCACCUUUGAAUUUUGUAUCUAAACACCUUUUUCUCUCUCUGGGCAGCCUUUGGUCGUAGCAGAGCCACUGUGGUCCAUUUAAGUAGGCAUUUUUCUUUGGCCCCAUCUCUCCAUUGAGUUACUUCGAUACCAGUGUAGUCUCAAUUUGUUUAUAUUUUUAAUUGAUUCCAUUCUGGGACUUUUAUAUUCACUAGGGAACUUGUGCUUUUCAAUUAACACAACUAAAUUUCAUUUAAGAUAAGAAAGAGAAUUGUUAUCCGUGUUGUACAAAUCAUGAUUUUGAACGUUUCCAACCUGUACUUUUUACUCUUCUAAAAAUUUUUCAUUGUUGUCGGAUUGUUUUUAGAACGUAUUUCCUUUUAUUAUUUUCCAUUAAGAAGUCUGAGAUUUUUUAUUGCCGAUAUCUAGAAUAAAUGGAACAAUUUAGGACGUAAAUUCUCCCGAAAGGAGAGAGAAAAAGUAGUUAGUGUUAAGCCCUCCAUUGCGUUUUUAAAAACCAGGUUUAGAAUUUGAAUAAAUGAAAUAUUUUUAAAUAGGUUUAGAAUUUGAAUAAAGUACUUUCUUUGAACUAGGAGAAACUCAAUUUUGGAUAUCUUAGCCUUUACUCAAGGAUUAAAUCUUUAUUUCCUGCUGUUAAAAAGCUCAUAUCUUUGAAUUUCUUUUAACUUUACAUCUUCAUGUAAGUUAAUAGUUCGCUUUGUAUCUUCAGAAUCAACUUUUCAGUAUUGGAAUACAUUCUGAAUGUAAUUUCCCAUGGAGACCUAACUUGAAUAUCUGCGCUAAAUUAACUGACAACAUCUAUUUUCAUUUCCUUAUCAAUGAAGUUCUUCCUCUAAUAAUGUAUACUUCGCAUUGCUCUUCAUUCAUAUAAUUUCUUGUUCUUCUCUCUCUCGUUCUUCCAGUUCAGAUCCAGAGAUCGACAUUUUAUCAAAUUCAUUCUGACUUAUUUAGAUCAAUUGUCGUUCCAUCCAUCCUACUCAUUUUAGCAGUUCCUUUCAAUUUCCAAUUCGAUCCUGCAAUUCAUUCUUUCAUUUAUAUUCUUUAACGAUUUAUUUCAGUCUCAAUUUGAUUCUACAAAUCAACUCUUUUAUCUUAGUUUGUCAGAAUUCAGCAGCUGUAUGACGUCUUUGUGCCCUAAAGUCUAUAUUCUUCUGUAUUCUUGUCUAUAUUUUUCCCCGCAACCCCUCUCUCUCUUCAUAUUCAGUUCCCACAAAUCCAAAUUCAACUCUUAAAUGGCCUGGUAGAACCCAGCGCCCGGCCUUUGGCUUAAAUUCUAUGUCCUCAGAUUCACCUUUCCCCUCAACACCCUUAUUUUCAAGCGAUUCGACAAAUGCGUUUUCCAGUCUUCAUGUCUCUGAGUGUUCCCUUCGACCAACUCCGAUUGGACGCUUAAAUUCUCUUCCGUUGAAUGAACUCGAAAUCCUUCAAUGCCUUAUGCCCCAGGAGUAGUGACGUAUCAACGCUGGAUGCCCCACCGUAUCAACGCUGGAUGCCCCACGAGUGAUCUAUCAGCGUUGGAUAACCCAAGGAUUGAUCUGUUAAACAUUUGGAUGCCCCCAAGGAUUGAUCUAUCAACGCUUGGAUGCCCAGUAUUGAUCUGUCAACGCUGGAUGCCACAGGAUUGAUCUGUCAACGCUGGAUGCCCCAGUAUUGAUCUGUCAACACUUGGAUGCCCUAGGAAAGACCGGUCAACGCCGCAUGCCCCACGAUUAGUGACGUAUCAGCGCCCAAUGCCCCACGAAUGAUCGACCCCCUUCCUGAAACCACCUCGACUAUGCCCCCCGAAACAAGACACCUAUGGCAACUGGAGUGUUGGGGCCGUGGGUGGCAGUGGGCAGGCUGCGAGGGCGCGAGCGAGGGCUGGGGCAACGUGAGUCUCGUGCCCCUGAAGCAGAGGGCGGUCGAGGUCACGUGGAUGUGGCCCGAGAGCGCCCGGAGCGCUGGAAAUGGAGGUGGUGACCUCCUCCCCAAAGAUGGCGUCCAAUACAGGGUCGAGUACGGUCCGAUGGAUGAGCCGCGUAUGCUAGGACGUGUGGGAGCCAACAGUCGUGGAGUCACCUUGGAGGAGGGUGUGGAGCCUUGGACUGUUUACGAGGUCAAACUGACAGCUGACACCAUGGACAACACCUCAGCCAUCUUCUUCCAGAUCAAAGAGAUAGUCACGGAUGCUCAGGCACCUGUGGUCAGAGCCGAGGAGAUCACCCUGGUCCUUCUGGUUCUCUUGCUGUGGAUUGUGGCCAUAAUCCUGUUCGUGCACAGAUGGGGCAAGAUAAGGAUGCUGGAGCCGUACCAACCGGAGUACAAGCCUCUGAACCACUCGCCCGCGUGCCCCCUCGCCCCUACCACGCCUACCCAGUCGUCGCAGCCGAGGCCGCCCAACCAGCGUCCGCUGCUGCCCCGGAAGAGUUCCUCGUUGUGCUUCACGCCGUCGAUGCUGAGAUCGGUCCACGUCCCUCCGUCGUGCCGAAUCAGCGUCCCGCACAUAGAUCAGACGCCAAUCCACAGGUGUUCACGCCCUUUGCACCACAGUCCAGCCCUCGGUCACAGCUCCUCCACCCACGCCCCCCACCACGGGCGACACAACGCCCGCCUGCGCCUCGCUUCCGAUUCGCUGGACCACAGCGUCCUCCGAAGACAGCAUUCUGUGGUCGAAGCCUCGAGGAAGGUUCGGAGCGCCGAGAAUCUGAGGAACUUCCGGGUGAUUUCCGCAAAUCGAAGCAUUGACGAAGGAGGAAGCAGCACUCGAGGAGGCGCCUGCAUGACUGGCGAAGGCGCCACUGCCGUCUGCCACCACCCCCUGGCGAGGCGCCGCUCCUGCCAGAGCCAAAGCCUCGACCUCGAGAACUACAGGGUGGCGACGCCCCUCCUGCACGAGGUGGCCCCCAGGGGAAGGAGCCUCGACAGCACCUCCGUCAGUAGCCUGAGGCGAUCGCCAACUGCCGGGCCUUCGUGGGCAGCUGGGGAGGCGGUGGGCGGCACCACCACGCCCGAACUCAGGGUAUCCCCGACGCCCCCUGCCGAAAACCCUGUCCCGACGGCCCACCAUAGCCAUCCCCACGGCAUCGUCCUGCAGCGUCAGGAGACCAUCGACGAUGCCCUUCUGCCCGUCCCGUACGCGACUCUCAUGGAAGAGGAACUUGAGAAUGAAGUUUAAGUGGAAGUAGGAGUGAUUCUAGUAAAGGAACUGCUGUUACAGGUGGUGCAGAGAUUCUCAUAAACAAUGAGAGGGAGGCCCCCUGACUCUGUAGUUUUAAGUAGAGGGGAUUAUUGCAGUCAGAAAAGACAUUGCCCCAGUGAGAACACAUUUUAUAGAGUAAAAUGCUUCACUGGAAAGAAAUGAUUUGUUAGUGAAGCACUAAAUGCAGUGGAAGAGACUACGAUGAUUUACAUCGCAGACGCUGUGACAGUGAUCGAAAGACACAGGCUGUUUAAACAUUUGGAGUGAUUAGGUAGUGAGGAAAGUCACGUGAUCCAAACUUGACAAAAAGGCACAAAUUUAAUCACACUUUUUCACGGAGAAUUUCAGGGCUAAGUGUUCCUUGCUUUAGAGAUUAAGGACCAUUUUUGAGUACAUGAUAGAAGAAGAAGAAGAAGAAGGUGCGUUAUUCUGUGUCCAUUCUUUUCGUAUUGGCUGGUUUCUGAAAAUGUCAGACAAGUGCGGCCGGGUUGCAAACGGAAAGAAAAAAAUAAGGCCAACUUUUAAACAAGUGUUUAUCAGAGAACGUUAUGGCUGUUUAUAAAGAAAGGAAAUAUGCUUAGGUUUGAAGAAAAAACAAAAUGACAGUGAAUAACUAUUAAGGUACCAAACAGAUAUACUAUAUACUCGUUUUGAGAUUGGGAAAAAAUAGAUCAAGUGUAUUUAAUUUACCGAAAGCAUAAUGUAAACAAUGAUUUCCGUUUGUUCAAGUAUUAUCAAUCUGAAUUACCAACGAAACCAACUACAGAGUCGUAUAACUGAUCCUUUCUUACAAAAUACAUUCCUUUGCCAAUUCAUAGGUAGGAAUGCCUUUUUUCCCCCCAAAAUACCAGAAAGCGUAGGACCUUUUGAAAUCAGUUCCCUGGAUAUGACAGCUGUGAAGGAACUGUAUCAUUUCCUAGCAUGUUGAAACGAAGUGUCAGACUCAGAUGGACGUAUUUUCAACGUCUUGAUACGAUAAGUUUUAACCAAGAGGUAACAUAGCAUAAUGUAAAGGAGGUGCAGAAGUAUGUUUAAAAUAGGGUAAUUUGGAACUAAGUUACAAUACCUAAGUUAAGCUUUUAAAGUAUUUAAGUCUGUGAGUAUAUAAGAUUACACGAAAUGGAAAGAGGCCAGUAGAUUGGAUGAAAACUGAAAAAAGUAUUGGACAUUGACGUUAGUGAAUUCAAACUGAGAAUCUUCCUGAUCUGGAAAAGUGUGAAUUUCACAGAAAUUUUGAAUUUAACGGUGAUUUUACAAGCAAAAUAAUGAAAUCUUGAAGUGCACGAAUCUGUCACAUAGAAACAAAAUGCUAAAAAACCGAAUUUCUCUGAGAUCAGAAUACAAAAGGAUACAAAUCCUGCUGUCAAAUUGUUUUGGCUAAGCUGCAGACAUUGUACAGUGUAAGGUGGAAAAAUGGAGUGUUUCAUGUUUUAUUUAUUUCGUAGUUAAUGAAUUCGAGUUUUCCAACAUGCAGAAAAAAUUUUCUAUUUUAUUUAUUUUCUUAUGAUGUUACAUUUUUAAUUGCCUUAAUGUUUUCACCAGAGUUAAAAGGGAUUAAAAUUUACAUACCAGCUGAAGACGAAUUUAUCUUAGUUAAUAUAACAUUUUUAUAAUUAAAUGCUACUUACUGAAAAAGCAUUUUUUUACUGGACAGACAAUAGCAGAGUCGAACAUUUAGUAACGUGGCCUACUACAAUUUUGCUCUAAAGAAAUCACACAAAUAAUAAUGAAUGAAUUCAGAAAAUCACAAAGAAUAUCCCACAAGAUCAAGUUUGUAGUAAACACCACAAAGCACAAACGUAAUUUUAGGAAGAAUUAUUAUGUUGCAGUUUAUAGGUGCCCAUUAAAAACUUUAUACUACACAAAGUUCUUCGUUCAGGACUCUCUCUCUCUCUCUCUCUCUCUCUCUCUCUCUCUCUCUCUCUCUCUCUCUCUCUCUCUCUCUAGAGAGGUGUCCAUUAAAAACUUUAUACUACACUUUACUACAAAGUUCUUCAUUUAGGACUCUCUCUCUCUCUCUCUCUCUCUCUCUCUCUCUCUCUCUCUCUCUCUCUCUCUCUCUCUCUCUCUUCUGUAAAUCGUUUGGGUCUGUUUUCUUUGGCAAAAUUAUUCAGUGAAUUUUGAGGGAUUUUUCUCAUAAAAGAAAUUUAAUUUCCUCAAAAAAUAUUAUUUUGGUUUCGAGGAGAUUUUCUUUCAGGUAGGAAUAUUGUGGAUCAUGAGGACAUUUCUUUGUAUGGAAUUUAUUUAUUUUUUAACUUUUAUGAAAAGAAAAAAAAAAA